AUGCAAGAUUUAAUUAAUUAUAAUUUUGAGGACAACCAAAACGAGUUGGUAAUUAUAGUAAAUGACAAAAAUGAAUUUCAAGAAUUACAAACAAGAAAGGUUAUGAGAAAAAAUAAUUUAUGGCAUAGAUCAACAGCAAUCUUAGUUUUUUCAAAGGAUGAAAAAAAUACUUUCAUAUAUGUACAUAAAAGAUCUAAAAUAAAAGAUUAUUGUCCUUCUUAUUAUUCUAUUGGAUUUGGUGGAGUAUUGUCAGAAAAUGAAAAUUUUUUACAAAAUGCAAUAAAAGAAUUACAUGAAGAAAGUGGUAUAAUAAAGAAACCUGAACAGUUAUUUGAUUUAGGUUUAUUGAAAUGUGAAACUGAUUGUGCUAAGUCAUAUGUAACUUUUAUUAAUCCUGAUUUUCAAACAACACCUCAAUUAAGUGAAAUAGAAUUUAUAACAAAAAUUCCCUUAAAUGAUUUAGAUAAUUUUAUUGAAAAAGAAAAAAUGACAGGAAUAAGCAAAAAUGUGUAUCAUUAUUUUAAAGAUCAAAUAAAAAAAAUUAACUUAGACCAAAUUUAUAGCAUGACUAUUUGA